AUGCCGAAAGAAAAAGCAGGAAGGAGUGAUGUUAUCUUGUCUCAGACGGAAGGAAAGAGGCUUGAUAAGGUGAUUUCUGAGGCUAAAAAUAGAGAUACUGGGAGAGAUAAAAUGAUUGAGGUUCGCCGAAAUAAAGGUAAAAUUCCUAUUAAACAGAGGACUAUUUUUCAAGAAGUUGUAGUGGGCAAUAGAUUUGAAGUUUUGGAGGAUCAGCAGGAUAGAAUCCCGGUUAUGAAUAUAGAAUUGGGAGAACCUUCUAAUGUAAAUGGGGAAUGUGAUCAAGAGGCACAACAAGGGAAUGAGAAUAUAAGUGUAGGUGUUGUGCCAGGAGAGAUAACUGCUAAUCAAAGAGAAAAUAUUGAGGAAGGAGUUUCUGUUAUUCCUGACUCUGUGGUACAUGCUAUUCCUCCUGAAGAUGGUGCUAGUUUGGAGAGGUUAGUUGGUGUUGAGGAUCAAGUCACUGUUGGUCCUACUGGUGCUGAUACCAGCUUAGAGGGGAUUCAGUCUCCUAUAAAUUCUGGGAAUCAAAUGUUUGUUGAUCCUCCUUCUGCUGGUGCUAAUUUGGAGAUUUUGGAGAAUUUCAAGAUGAUGCUGCUAUGGAGUUGCCGCAUCAGGUGUAUCAGGUUCAUGGGGAAUUUUGGGGGUGGCAUUCUGGCUGUUCCUAUGCCUGGUGUUCUGUAUCUGCAUGCCAGUUGGGGAGUUGGUUUAUAUGCUUUGUUUUCUGAAUCUGGAGUUAAGGCAUGGACUGCGGGUUUCAAAAUAGUUUUGCUUCUGCAUUCAGUGAACCACUGUCAAGCUGUCUGCGAUAUUGACUCUUCAUCUACUGUCUCUCAGCUGCGGUUUUUUAUGCCCAUUAAUUGCUUUUCUUUUCAUCUGGUUUGUUUUGAGUGGAGCCUUUCAGCUGGGCUUUGGAUUCUACUGGAUUUUGCGGUUCAGCUGGUCCAUCAUUGUCUAGCAUUGGGAAGGAGUUGGAGCUGGAAGGAAGAAGCUGUAUAA